AUGAGUUAAAAUGAUGAUAAUUCAAGUCUCUCAGAAAUAAAUAAAACUCUAGAAGAUAGAAAGGAUUUUGUAUUUAUUUCAAGUAUUUUUAUACUCACAAGCUCAAUUACUACUUAUUUUUAUGCGACAUUAAUCAAGCAAUUUUUAUCUCUUGGUUUGAUGCCUUUUGAGUUAAAGUUAUUCGAAUUGCUCCUUAUACCAUAAUAUCUCAAAAUAUUAAUUUGUCCUAUAUUAGAUACCUUUUUCAUAAGAAAAUUUGGAAGAAGGAAAACUUAUAUAAUUCUAAUAUUAUUUCUGUUAGCAAUUUAUUGUAUCGUACUUAGCAUAACUUAUGAAGGAUUAAUUACAAAUUUAAAAUUGCAAACUGUUCGUAAUUUAGCACUUCUUCAACUUAUUCUAGUUUUAAUUUUAGAAAUUGCAGCCGAAGCUUGGAUUGUUGAUUAUGUUUAUGAUGAUAACUAUAAAUUUGCUGCAGCCAUCAAAUACUCAGUCACUUUCAUCAGUUCUACAAUAACAACUGAAAUUUUCCAUUCUUCUGGAACUUACUUUAGUAUAGUGUCUGUAUUCUCAAUUAUUAUGCUCAUUUACACAUAUUAAUACAAAACUGAAAACGAUUAGUAUUAGUCAAAAAUGAGGAUUAAGUCAUUAUGCAAGAGACUAAAGACUUUUUAUGAAUAGAUUUUCGAGAGGAGCUAUUAAAUUAAACUCUUUUUUUUAUUUUCAUCAAUGAUUGGUUUUGGAUAUGCAGAAGAUAUAAUUGAAUAAGUAAUUCUGCAAUAGGAUUUCAUGAGCUUGAAUCAAAUAAAAUUUUAAUGGACGAUCAUAAUUUGCAUAAUUUUAUCACUUAGUGUCGUAACUUUAAUAUUAAUGAAAUUCAAGAUAGCUCCAAUAUAUUUAAUAGUAGUAAUCUUAAGAAAUUUAAAUAAUUUCUUUUUAUCAAUUUGUUACAACUACUUUCCUUCGAAAUUAGAUAAUAUCAUUUCAAUAUAUAAAUUAAUGGAAGAAUCAUCUAAAGCUAUGCAUUUCACAUUGCUAUAUAUUUUGAUUUACGAUAGUACUAAAUAAAAAUUGAGUGCAACUAUGAUGAUUGCUUUUUUAUUGGUAGUAAAAUUAGGACAAGAUGGAAAUCGAUUACUAUCAAACUAUUUAUAUAAUUCAUUUGGAUCUCCAGCAGAUGCAAUAAUCGGAGUUAUUAUUUAGAGCUUUAAUUUAAUAUUUGCAGUAGAUUAUCGCGAUGCCAUAUUUUAUAAAUGA